CAGAGGGAGUUCUGCUCCACCGCUGCCAUGGAGCCUCGGCUGUGUACUGGAUCUGUACUGAUUGGAGUUUACCUGUGGGCGACAUUCUGCUGUCAAGGCUGCCAUGGCGGUGUGUACCAGAGGAAGCUGUACAAUGACCUGAUGGUGAACUACAAUCGGCUGGAAAGACCCGUCCAAAAUGACUCUGCACCCAUCGUGGUGGAACUGGGCCUCACACUGCUGCAAAUCAUCGACGUGGAUGAAAAGAACCAAGUGUUGAUCACAAAUGCCUGGCUGCAGCUGUAUUGGACAGACAUUUACCUUUCAUGGAACCCAGAGAGCUACCCCGGGGUUCAGAACCUACGCUUCCCUUCCAAUCUGGUCUGGGUGCCAGAUAUCCUCCUCUACAACAGUGCUGAUGAGAGGUUUGAUGCAACGUUCCACACAAAUGUGUUAGUAAAUGCUUCGGGAUCCUGCCAGUACAUCCCGCCAGGCAUCCUGAAGAGCACCUGCUACAUCGAUGUACGCUGGUUCCCAUUCGAUGUGCAGAAGUGUGACCUGAAGUUUGGCUCCUGGACCCACAACGGCUGGCUGCUGGACCUGCAGAUGAUGGACGUGGACAUCUCUACCUACAUACCCAACGGGGAAUGGGAUCUCGUAGGUGUGCCGGCUAAGCGUAACGAGCUUUACUACGACUGCUGUAAGGAGCCCUACCCUGAUGUGACGUUCACGGUCACCAUGCGCCGCAGGACACUUUACUACGGCCUCAACCUGCUCAUCCCCUGUGUGCUCAUCUCUGGUCUGGCUCUGCUGGUCUUCCUGCUCCCUGCUGACUCUGGAGAGAAGAUCUCACUGGGCAUCACAGUGCUGCUGUCUCUAACUGUGUUCAUGUUGCUGGUAGCAGAGAUCAUGCCUGCCACUUCAGACUCUGUCCCUCUGAUUGCUCAAUACUUUGCCAGCACCAUGAUGAUUGUGGGCUUGUCGGUGGUGGUAACAGUCCUGGUCCUGCAGUUCCACCACCAUGAUCCUCAGGGAGGGAAGAUGCCUAAAUGGGUCCGAGUCAUCCUCCUCAAUUGGUGCGCUUGGUUUCUCCGCAUGAAGAAACCUGGAGAAGAAAACAAAACAGCAGUGAGCUCCAGUAGCCCCCCAAACUACAAGUACUCCCACCCUCCUCCUCACCACAUCAGCACCAGCAGCAUCCAGAUGAGCACCAUGUCGGGACAGGCGUCCAACCAGGCAGCCACGACCAACGGGAACAUGAACCUGUACUUCGGCUACCACUCGAUGGGCACCGACAACCCCGCUUUCCCACCGAGCACUGAUUCAGGUGUGGUGGUGUGCGGCGGCGGAGGAGGCGGCGGCGGCGGCCACCCCAACGGCCCCUCCCAGCAUGACAUCCAAUCAGAACAGGUGCAAACUUUCCUGCUGGAGCAGGUUCCGGAAAUUUCCCGGAUCCUGGAGGAAGUGCAGUACAUUGCCAGGCGCUUCCGGGACCAGGACGAGGGAGAGGCCAUCUGCAGCGAGUGGAAGUUCGCAGCGGCCGUGGUGGAUCGGUUAUGCCUGGUGGCCUUCUCGCUCUUCUCCAUCAUCUGCACCUUCACCAUCCUCAUGUCGGCUCCCAAUUUCAUCGAGGCGGUGUCCAAAGACUUCACAUAAGGCCG